CAGAGAGGGAGGGGGAAGAUUGUUUGCAGCCUAGGAGCUCCGCGCCCGCGAAGGGAGACUGAGCUUCCAGAAAGACACUGCCUCGCAGCCUCUGCUCGGGCCCAGCUUUUUCUCCCCAGCUGCUACCACAUCCCUCCUGAAUGGUGCUCCUCUUUACCCGCUUUGGCCCCGAAUCCAGGCCUCCUUUGCCCUCUGCCUCGGAGCUCUUGCUCCUGGUCUCCCAGUGGAUUCCUCGUGGUGGGCAGGGAAGAACUUUGGCACAGACAAAUCUUUAGCUCUAGGAAGCCCACUGACAACUUUCUCCACCUCUGACUGCGGUGCAAUUCUCCCUGUACCCCAUUUUUCUGCGUUUUGAGAAGAGAAACCCUUCUUGGCAUCCAGAGUGAGCCCCAGAAGCCCCCAAGCUGGGGCCCUGGUCCCAGCAUGUCAGUCCUCUCUUGUGCAUAGGGCUCUGCCCGCUCCCUGUCAACAUGGCUGAGCUCAGGCAGGUUGCAGGGGGCCGGGAGACCCCGCAGGGAGAGCUUCGGCCUGUGGUUGUAGAGGAUGAAGUUCUUAGGAGCCCAGUCGCAGAGGAGCCUGGAGGAGGUGGAAGCAGCAACAGUGAGGCCAAGUUGUCUCCAAGAGAAGAGGAAGAACUGGAUCCUAGAAUACAGGAGGAGCUGGAGCAUCUGAACCAAGCCAGCGAGGAAAUCAACCAGGUGGAGUUGCAGCUGGACGAGGCCAGGACCACCUAUCGGAGGAUCCUGCAGGAGUCAGCAAGGAAGCUCAACACGCAGGGCUCCCAUUUGGGGAGCUGCAUUGAGAAAGCCCGUCCCUACUAUGAGGCUCGGCGCCUAGCCAAGGAGGCUCAGCAGGAGACACAGAAGGCAGCGCUGCGGUAUGAGCGGGCCGUGAGCAUGCACAAUGCUGCCCGGGAGAUGGUGUUUGUGGCUGAGCAGGGAGUCAUGGCUGACAAGAACCGACUGGAUCCCACAUGGCAGGAGAUGCUCAAUCAUGCCACCUGCAAGGUGAAUGAGGCAGAAGAAGAGCGGCUUCGAGGAGAGCGGGAACAUCAGCGGGUAACACGGCUGUGCCAGCAGGCUGAGGCCCGUGUCCAAGCCCUGCAGAAGACCCUUCGGCGUGCCAUCGGCAAGAGCCGCCCCUACUUUGAGCUCAAGGCCCAGUUCAGCCAGAUCUUGGAGGAGCACAAGGCCAAGGUGACGGAACUGGAGCAGCAGGUAGCCCAGGCCAAGACCCGCUACUCAGUGGCCCUACGCAACCUGGAGCAGAUCAGCGAGCAGAUCCACGCCCGGCGCCGUGGCCUGCCUCCCCACCCCCCAGGCCCACGGCGCUCUUCCCCCGUGGGGGCUGAAGCAGGACCUGAUGACAUAGAGGAUGGGGACAGCGGUAUCGAAGGGGCCGAGGGCGGGGGCCUGGAAGAGGGAGGCAGCCUGGGGCCCAGCCUUGCCCCUGAUGCGGACACACUGAGCCUGCUGAGCCUGCGCACUGUGGCCUCUGACCUGCAGAAAUGCGACUCGGUGGAGCACCUGCGGGGCCUGUCAGAUCACGCCAGUCUGGAUGGCCGGGAGCUAGGGCCCCCAAGCAGUGGGCGCCGUGGCAGUGAUGGCGUGGUCCGUGGGGGCCGCCACCAGCGGAGCGUCAGCCUGUAGCCUGGCAGCCAUGGUGGCUGUAUUGACCGACUAUUCAGCAUGGGCCAGCUGGGGCCCCAGCUUCUCUCCCCUCCCUGGGGUCCUGUCUUCCCUGAGGUUUCUUCUCUAAUGCUUCCCUGGAAGAAGCUAGCUGUGUUGGGGCCCAGGGCUGGUUUGGCUUUCCAUUGGCCUGCCUCCCCUGUCCUGCACAGGGCAGCUGUCUCCACCUGCCCCUCUUGCUCUUGGCGCUCCUCUCCCUCUGUGGCCUCACGGUCUACAGAGUGUGGACCCUUUGCUUUCCCCUUCAUCUGAGCCCACCUCCAUCUAUCUGGCUUUUCCCCUCAGGGAACUUGAUGUAGCAGGCCCAGGGAAGCCCCCAAGAGAACAUGGGUGCUACCCUGAGUGCCCUGCCCAUGUGGAUGCACAGGUACCCCCCUGCUGGCUCCUCCCUUGCCUGGCCUCCACCCUGUUGGAGUUGACCAGCAGGCACUGUGAGCACUUGUGUGCCUCUGGAAGACACUGCCUCCCUCCCACAGUAGCUGUGACCCGAGCUAUUCUGCCGUGCGUGUCCCAAAGCAGAAUUUGCAGAAUGUGGCUGUCAGAGAAGCCCAGCUGUGCAUCAACAUUGGGGAGAUCACCAACUCAAAACCAGCUCCUGUGGGCUUGAUGUUUCCCCAGCUGGGCUGGGUCCUUGACAUUGCCUGGGUGCUACCAGGUCCCUAGCGGGGUCCUUGUUGGGAGUGAAGAUAUGAGGAGGUCCUGGAGGCCUAGGCCCUGUCACUCCCACCUCAUGCCCUUGUUUCUGUUUACUUUUUCUGGGUGGAGGGUACUAAGGUGAAUCUCAGCACCUCCUGCAGGGUCGGGUUAGGGAAUUUGGUGCUCUAUUGCUCUCCCUGCUUUUCCCAUACCACACAAUGCCUACUCUAGAGGACACCCUGUGGAGUGGCAAGCCUGGCUGCCUCUGGUGCAGGAAGGGAUUGGCUGGGGUGAGGGGUCCUGACCCCCACAGGGAUCUGUCCCUCAGCCUGGCAGUGCCCCUAGGCUAUGUGUAGGGAGACCGCACCAGGUCUGGGUGCCUUGGAAGGGUGGGUUCUUCCCUGGGAGAGCAGAGAGGUCAGAGGAGCUCACUGCUGCACUCACAGGUUCUGCUGGCACAAGGGGUGGUCACAAUGAAAGCCUCAUGGUUUGAGGUGGCCACAGAGAACAGAUGGGAGGGAGGGAGACAUGGGUGUGUGUGUGCAUGUGCUGGUGUGUGUGGGGAAAGGGCCUGCCCUGGUUUUAUUUAAAUAAAAUAGUUUAU